AUGGCGGCAGGCGGUUCGAGUCGAUCUGGAGACUGCGGGGUUGUCGUGUGGGAGUGGGAGGAAAACGGAGGUGUCUGGGUGUCGUACGACUCGUUCGUGUCGACGGCGCUGGAAGAAGCGCUACGAGCGAAAAAAAGGAGAUUGAAACUCGGAGACGUGACGUCGGAAUUGGAGCUCUACGAAGUAGACUUGAAGCACUACAAGCAAUCUCGUCUAGACACCGGAUCCAGCCGUCACGUGAGGAGAACCAUCUUUCCGCGGGGCUCUCCGCAGGCACACGGUGUCAAGUGGCAAUGGCAAGAGAGGGGCCACUGGCUGUGCUACGAUAAUAACACAAGUUCGAUUCUGGAAGAACACUUGCAGAGUAGCAAGCCUAAGGUUUCUUUGUAUAAAUUAAAUCCGAAAAUGCCCUACAGGAUCGACUUACAGAAAUGCGUACAAACCAACGUACACACUCGUUUUAGUAGAGCAAUCCAAAGAGUUCCAUUACUGCAGCCGUAUCCAUCGGCUAUCAAGGAAGACCACAAGGGCGUGCCCCAAAAUUUGUCCAGGAAGUCCAGCAAGAGUAAGACAAAGAAGGAUAGUAAGCCACAGAAAAACGCAAUGGACGUCGAGCACUAUUCGCAACCGUCUACUGGUUCUGUUGCAAUGUCCAGCACUAAGCCAUGGAUGUCACAUUGCAAGGUCGUUUCGUCCCUCGAUAGUGAAGCAGCUAAAGAAGAUUGUGUUAUUUGUUUUGAAAAUUUGUGUCAACCUUCUGACUAUGCUACUUCUGCCGUCGACCCCGAAGCGCUAGCCGUCGUUUCGUUGAAGAAAUGCGGUCACAUGUUUCACAAACUCUGUCUCAAGGCUCUCUGUAGUUCUGGCACCGAGAGUGAUUACAUACAAUGCCCGAGAUGUAAAAAGAUUCACGGAGUUAGGAUUGGUAAUCAGCCACAAUCGGGACACAUGAAAGCGAGUCGAUUGGCUUCGAGUUUGCCUGGCUAUCCCACGUGUGGGACAAUUCAGAUACAUUAUGAUUUCCACGGAGGUGUUCAGGGAUCAGAACAUCCUGCACCUGGUAAGCCUUAUUCAGCCCACGGCUUUCCACGUAGAUGUUACUUGCCUGACAACAAAGAUGGCAAUAAGGUACUACGACUGCUUGAAGUUGCAUGGAAGCGACGACUCAUCUUUACGAUUGGUGCAUCAGUAACGACAGGCUGCCAGGACACGGUUGUAUGGAACGAAAUCCAUCAUAAAACGGAGUCAACUGGCAAUGCCGGAGGUCACGGCUACCCAGAUCCUAAUUACAUAUCAAACGUCUUGGCAGAACUUGCAGCACAAGGAGUAGAUGACGACCAAUCAGUCUGAGAUGACGUCACCAUUACUCAGUGUUUAUUUGAUAAAAGCUGUUUGCUUGUAAUGAACAACUCUAUUACUGUACCAAACGUUUAUACAAACUUGAUAUUAACCUUAUAAUUGCAAGGUGUUGCCACCAAUACAAUAACUACAA